AGUAAAAGGUGAGUGUCCAGGGCAGUCUGAGAAGCGCAGUCACCGACUGCACUACGUCAGUCGUCGUGUCCUUUUGUAUUUUCACUAAAAUUGUUUGUUAUUUACUUCGACGCUUUUCUAACAACAAUAGAUAAUUUAUUGUUGACUAAUUUAAUUAACGUUAGUUGAUUUUUUUGAUAAUUAGUUAAUUAGUUGACAAAUUAAUUGGGGUGUUUUUGAAAUUUUUUGUGAUUGUGGACUUGUGGAUUGAAUAACUUGAGUGUAGAGAAGAUGAAUUGACGAUAAAAAAAUUGGUGAUUGGUGACAGUAAAUAAUAAACUGUAAUUAUUGUAGUUUGUUAAUUUAAGAGGUGGGAUAAUUUAUUUGAGAAAGUGAGGUGUUGACUUUAAUUUUUGUAAUUUAGUUGAUUCAUGGUUAAUUGAUUGAUUUAUUAACAUACGUACUAAUUGAGCACGUGACUGUUGUUUGCAAUUAAUUUGAAAUUUUUAAAUGAGAGAUUUAUUUGAUGGAUUAUAUUGAGUUGUAUAAUUGACGUAAAAAAAUUAAGUGCUUGUUUUUAAACUGUCGACGACUGUGUGAUUACGUUUUAUUAUUGGUGUAAAGUAUGUAAGGCUGUAAUCAACUGAGGGCGGAAGUUUAACAAUCUGACCAGAUAGUUGCUAUCAUUAUCUUUCAUACGCUGAUAGAUCAAAUGAUGUGGUAGCAGCUUCAAAGGAGGAUGUUCCACGGGAGCGGAAGUGGUGGUUACGGCGCGGGAACCGACUACCAGACCCAGUCCCAACAGCAACAACAGCAACAGCAGCAGCAGCAACAACAACAACAUACUCAACAGCUACAAGCGCCUGUCUAUGUGCCAUCAUCUAGGCCAGCUAUUCCAGCAGCAGCCACGGCCCAGUAUCACUCAUUUCCGGGUUCUGCUUCACCCGCAUGGGAGAAAACUACUUCAUGGCAGCAUGGGGUAGAUAGUUACGCACACCAUGCACUGACAGGACACACUGGUGGAUCAGCAGCAAGUAUGGGUGCGCAUAGUACACAUGGGCAUCCGCAUGCAGCGCAUCCACACACUGGGCAUCCACAUUCGACCCUAACUUCGCCAUUUUAUGCACAGAAUGUCGCCAUGAUGUCGUCCUGGAGAGCUUACGAUAGCGCUGGCUUCCAACGCGCUUCACCUUAUGAUACUGCAAUGGACUUUCAAUUUGCCGAGGGACGCGAGUGCGUUAAUUGCGGUGCUAUUUCCACCCCAUUAUGGCGACGCGACGGUACAGGACAUUAUUUAUGUAAUGCAUGCGGAUUGUAUCACAAGAUGAAUGGAAUGAAUAGACCACUAAUAAAACCAUCUAAACGCCUUAUUUCUGAAUUCCAGACUGCAACAAGACGUCUAGGUCUCUGCUGUACCAACUGUGGUACACGAACAACAACACUAUGGAGGCGUAACAAUGAAGGUGAGCCAGUUUGCAACGCAUGCGGUCUCUACUUCAAACUUCACGGUGUGAAUCGACCUCUGGCAAUGCGUAAAGACGGUAUUCAGACACGAAAACGUAAACCAAAAAAGACUUCCGAUUCCACAGCCUCGAGGACUUCCACCAACGACCAUGAGACUUCAACUUCAACCACUUCAUCGCCAUCUAACGAAUUAAAAAGUAGUCAGCAGCAUCAUCAGUCAGAAUCAACAAAAUCAUCAUCAUCAGUAUCAACUGAUCGGCCUGUUUACCUCGGGCACACACCACUACUGGCAACCGGUGUAAUACCGACUGUUAAAACAGAGCCACGAAGUUGCGAUGGUCUCAUCGGGCAGCCUUACUCGUCUUAUUACCAACAUCCACAUCAACAUCAAUUGGAUACACCGACAAGCGAGCAUCAACAUCAACAGAAUUACUACAAUGCACAAGAGACUUAUCAUCAUCAACAUCAUGUUGCUACUGCUGCUAAACUUCUUGCUUCAUCUUAGAAAAAGUUAUAUAUUUAAUCCAUACAUAAAUAAAUAAGUAAUUAAAUAAAUUUAACGAUUAAUUAAUUAAUUAAAUAAUUAUAAUUAAUGGAUUAAUAAUUAUUACUCGAUGUGUGAUAUCUUAAGUUAUUUGUGCACACGUUAUAAACAUUUAUAUACAUAUUAUUUUCUUCUUUAUUUACGUAUAUAUAUGAUUUUAAUUUUUUUUUAUUUUCACAAGAUUUAUUUGUAAAUAUUUAAAACUAUACUAGAUUAUUGACUUAUUUUAACGGAUAUUAAGAAUUU